CCCUUUCCUGCCAGGACUCAAGUAUGAGGUCAUCGAUUCCGCCUACAUCUCCUUGUACACAGAUGAGAGCAGUUUGAAGAUGAACCAUGUGGAUCACAUUCCUCAGACACUGGCCAGCCACGGGCCUGUCCCAGCAGAGACCCACACCCGCAGCCAACACGGCGCCGAUAUGCUGCAACCGGACCCCCGCGACACCUUCUUCAACAUUCCCAUGAUUGACCCCUCUCAUCUUGAAAAUGUGUUGCCCGCCUGUCUCUACUCGCCAACAUAUGUGGUCAAAGACUUCCCUAUCGCUCGCUAUCAAGGCCUACAGUUUGUCUAUCUUUCUUUUGUCUAUCCCAAUGACUUCACCCGUCUCACCCACAUGGAAAGAGAAAACAAGUGCUUCUAUAGAGAGUCACCCAUCUAUUUGGAGAAGUUUGGCUUCUAUAAAUACAUGAAGAUGGAUGAGGAGGAAGAUGACAGGCCAUUCUUCUUCCCUAAUCCUGAUGAUUUUCUUGAAGAAGAAGAGGGGGCGGAUCCAGAGGAUGAAGCACAAGUUGUUGGCACCCAGUCAGCAAAGAAGACCGUCCAACCUAGCCAAUCAAAUCACACCUCAAGCCCCUCUGAUAAACCUGUUCCCACAAUGCUGGAGAAAAAAGAGGUAGAGCCGGACAACCCAACUUUUAGUAGAGAGCAAAGGCGCUUUUUCACGAGAGCAAGGCAGGUGGUUGGGUCUCAACCUCAAGAGACGGACCAAGACAAUCUGGACCAUCAGGCUAAGGUAGGGUUACCAAAAAGUGAGAGUGUGGUGCGAGGUCGUUCUCUCACUUGGGUUCAAAGAGACCGCCGGGACCUCAGAGAGGGUUGGUCAGAAGAUCAUUCACCGAAAAUAAGCAGAUCAGUUUUGCUUUUCCCGCCAAAAUCCUCAUUGGUGGCCCUCAACAGUCGAGCCAAGCAAAUUCUCAGCAGUUCUGCCCACACCGUUCCUUCCCCAGGUAACAACCACGCUCAUGACAACAGCCACAAUCCUGGAACUAGCCACACCAACAAGGAACGCAAGAAGGAGGACAACAAAAUCUACGUCACAAGACCUCGCCCUGCUAAGGAGAAGCAAAGUCUUGUUUCACGCCAACCCAGAGAGCUCUUCCCUGGUGUUUUCCUGUACCAGAAUGGCAAAACCACAAAGCUGGUGAACCUCAGUGCCAAACCAAAGCUCAGCAAAGGAGCUCUGCGUGCAUCCCAGUUAUUUGCACGGUCUCCUCUGCAAGAGAACAAGGUCUUUCCAGCGAGCCCCAACUUCAGCAAGCCAGCUGAAAAUCCCAUGCCCCCAAACAGAGCAGCAAUCCCAAGCCGCUUUGAGAGAAGGAUACGAGGCUGGGAAAAACACCAGUAUCCCUUGAGGCCCAUCACAACCGCUCGACCACCUCGUGUGCCCACCCCUCCGUCCGCUAACUCCUCUGAGAACGUGCUUCCAACUGAGCCUCUCCGUGUCACUUCCUACUUGCACACCUCUGAGAUUACCGAGUCCCAACAGCAGCGGCCGGACACGGACCCAGAACCAGAGGAGGAAGGAGGCCUUUCGGAGUAUAGCUAUGAGGAUGUGGAGCCUCGUCCCGGGUGGGCGGAGGAGGCCAUUAAUUGGCAGAGGACGUUUUCCGUUAAUAGCAUGGACUUUGAGACAUUGCGCUCUGACUGGAAUGAUCUUCGGUGCAACGUAUCUGGAAACCUGCAGCUGUCUGAGAGUGAAGUGGUGGACGUUCUUGCACAGUACAUGGAGAAACUCAACGAACUUAAUGGAGGGAUUUACACUCUCCUCCGCAUUAUAAAUGUAGAAAAGCGGCGUGACUCUGCACGCGGUAACCGCUACCUAAUAGAGCUGGAGCUAAUGGAGAGAGGUCGUAAAGUGGUCCGUUUAUCUGAGUACAUCUACAUGCUGUUGCACCGUAGCCGGGUAGAAGACAGCCUGGAGAAUAUGGAAGGGGUCACAGCAUCAUCCCUCUCUUCCCCUGUCGCCAGCCCACCUGCUCCACCCUCCCGCACACCUACCCGUGGGGCCCACGGCACCCCGCAGUGGGGCACAGUGUAUGCCAAACCCCUGCUGUGCCAGCCAGUGAUGCUGCAGUGGAAAAAGAAUGUCAUGGUGCAUUUUGUGGUACCAGUGAAGAAUCAGGCGCGUUGGGUUCAGCAGUUCAUUUCAGACAUGGAGUUCCUGCACCGUGAGACCAAGGACAACAACUUCAACAUCAUCAUUGUGGACUUCCAGAGUGAAGACAUGGACGUGGAGCAGGCUCUCAGAGAAAGCUCCGUUCCGCGAUAUGAGUAUCUGAGGAGAGAAGGAAACUUUGAACGUUCUGCUGGGUUACAGAUCGGUGUGGACACCAUAGAGGACAGUCACAGCAUCGUGUUUCUGUGUGACCUGCACAUUCAUUUCCCUCUGAACAUCCUGGAGAACACCAGGAAACACUGUGUGGAGGGCAAACUGGCCUUCGCUCCGAUAGUCAUGAGACUGGGCUGCGGCAGCUCACCGCAGGAGCCUGACGGUUACUGGGAGGUGAACGGCUUCGGCCUGUUUGGGAUCUACAAGUCCGAUUUUGACAAGAUUGGUGGGAUGAACACGGAGGAGUUUAAGGACCGCUGGGGAGGAGAAGACUGGGAACUACUGGACAGGUAG